UUUCGAAAACAUGAUUUGGCGCCUGAGGUCCCGAUCCCUCACUUUGGCUUCUCUAAGGCUUUGAGUGGAUUCCUGAUGAUGACUACACAGAAUGGGAAACUGCUUUACAUAUCAGACAAUGCGGCCGAAUAUUUGGGACACUCUAUGGAGGACCUUCUCAUUCACGGCGAUAGUGUUUACGAUAUCAUUGAAAAACAAGACCACCAGACUAUCCAGACAGAGCUCAUGCGGACCCCUAACCCCCUUAGCUUAGCACCGGAUACACGAAUAUUCUUAUGUCGGAUGAAUGUCUCGCGGAAUGCCAGACGACAAAUGAGAUUUGGGGACCAAAAAGUAGUUUUAAUUCAGGGACAUUUCGUGAGUUUCCUACCGCUUUGCAGUCGCAAUGAACCCGUAUUUUUGGCCACCUGUACACCCGUUGCUAUGCCUGAGACCCGAGAAUGUGUAGUCCAGGGAAGCACUAAUGUCUUCACAUCCAUCCACUCAAUGGAUAUGAAAUUCAUUCAUUUGGACCGAAACGGAGAAUUUCAUUUGGGAUACAAUAAGUCGUCGGUUGAGGGCCUGUCGUGGUAUGACUUCGUUCAUUGGGAACAUCUCAGAGAAGCACAAUCUAAGCACAGACUAAUUACACAAUCAGAACAGGAGAGGUCUUGUAUACUACUGUUGCGACUCCAGACUAAUGCCAGCGCCUGGAUAUGGGUUCACGUUGUCCUCCAGGUUAAGGACAGUAAUGACAGUUCACAGCAACCGGUCAUCGUCUGCACGAACCAAGUGUUGAGUGAAAGGGAGGCGACGGUAAUGCGAGCGAACAGUUGGUUGUAUCAGUUCUACUCACUUCACUCGAAAAUGCAUUACGGGUUGGCAUAUGAGGCCCACACCACACGACUCCCGACUUAUUACCCAACACCGACCCCAACUGUCAUGAGUCACGCGUACCAUCACCACCACCACUCACACGCCAGCCCUGUCUCAGCCGGUGGUGAAGCGGCAUCGGUGCCCAUACAUACCGUUCCCUAUCACAUCCAUUCCCAUUCGGCAAUCACACCCUUGAAUGGCACGCCAGGACACCGUCACCCCCAUCACCCUCAAGCUGUGCUCCAGUACUCACCACAGGCCGGAUCACUACCCUAUCCCAGUAUUGUCGCUGCUGUCAAUGCCAGCGCACAAACCAUGGCAGACACCGAACCAAUCAAACAGACAAACAUCAAGAGAACGCUUUCACCACAAAUCACAUCACAAUCAGAACAGUCUCACGAAGAGACAGAAUCUCCAGAACCACCGACAAAGCGGCUGAACCUAAACCACCACAACCUGCCGCCCCCACCCUCCUCUACAUACCAUCACCCGAGAGCCUCAACAUUCGCUUAUCCGACCUCAAUGUUCGGCACCGGAGGCUUCUCGGCCUCCUCUAUGACCGGAGUAACGGAGUUGGGAUCAGUUGUUCCGAGUUAUUAUGGCGGCCCACAAAUGCUGACCUCCGUUCCCUAUCACACACAGAUUGGACAUCAUUUCAGAAAUCAGAGCAAAAUGUCACUCUUUGAAGAGUCAGAUAAUUGUAAUUUCGACCAAACAUUCACUUCGACUACCACUGAAGACGUCUCUAAUAUCAUAUCAUUUUCAUCGCCCGCUUAUCUAAAAUACACGUCUGGGCUCAUGUCAUACCCAUAUCCAGAUCUGCCGGAUAGAGAUUUAGAGAAAGUGCGAUCUCCGGAGUCCAUAGUGUCGACCACAUCAGACUAUGGCAGUAUGACAUCCCAGUCCCCUCCCUCAGCCUUUGAGAAGCCUAAUAAGAAGGACAGCUUAGCUCUACUGACCAAUAAUGGCAUUACAUAUAAUACAAGUGCAAACAUGAAUACAAAUACUAAUAUAAAUAAUUCGCAACAUUUAUAUCAAUCACUGAAAAACAAUUGGAGCGCUACUCCUAUCUAUACCGAUCUCUCUAUAUCCCGGCCCUCACAAGCAAUCCAUAAUCAAAUAGAUAAAGACUUUGAGACAUUGGAUCACAGAUUUCCAUUGCCUAAUGUCAUUUGGGGCUAUAACGCUGAUAACAGUGGGUUAAGUCAGUUGUCUCUGAGUUCGGCCUUUGGUGUGGACACCAACUCAAUGCAAAUCUCUCAGCAAUACAUCAAUGAAUUGCGAAACAGUAAAAGUGAUCAAAUGAAUCAAAACAAUGCCAUUCAUUCAAGCCAUGCAACACAUGCCACACAUGGGGCACAUAUACCACAUCCGACAAGUCUAGUCAGUGCACCACAUAGUGGUCAGGAGUCGGACCUUCAGCCACAAACGGCCACCACAGCUGACAUUCCAUCGCAGAGCUCAUCCCCAGUAUCCACACAAACGGUAUCACCGGUAGAGCUGAGCUCAUCCUCUCACGGCGUGGGAAGAGCCGUAGGCUAUGGCGGUAUGAGUGCUAUGAGAGGUAUGAGUGGCUCUAUUGCAAAGGCUGAGAGAAGCACUGCCACGACCGCCCAGGACUUACCUGACCCAGGACUCUACCUGAUCGUGCCAAUGAACUCGACCUCUGAUGUCGAGUACAAUAAUUACUACAACUAUUGA